AGAAGGUGAAGACGACGGAAAACAUAACUUGUGCAACAGAGAAAGGGCAAAUCGUAAAAUCCCCAGAUUUUCUUUCCAUCCAAAUACACCUCUUCCUCUGUGGUUUAUCAUCCCCACUGUUUCAUCUGUAUCUAUUAUAAUUAUUAUCCUAAAAAAUUAUCUCCUCCCUAAUUUUCGCUCGCUUUCCAGGAAGAAAAAAGAUCACCUUCUGCAAUCGUUCCCUAACAAAGCUAUCGAAAGAAUGAUACCUGUUAUAAGCGACGGCGAUGAGUUUGAUAAAGGAUCGGAUAAAAUCGAAGAGAAAGCUAGUGUUUCUACUGAUGAAGCUAUCGAUAGCCGAAACGAAGACAGUAGAUUGAACUUGGGAGUUUCUAACGAAGAAGGUAGGGUUUCUGCAAUGGAACACGAUUUUAGGGUUUCAGAGAACAAUAUAUCUGAGGUUAGGGAGAGUAAUGCUGAUAGCGUAGGUAAGGUAAUAGGUGGCGAAUCUAGAAUUAUUUGUGUAAAUGAUCGAGUGGAUGAACAAGUUGCAAUGGCAAAUGAUGAGAAUUAUAGAAUAGGGAAUUCAGAGAAGGGUACUGGUUUAGACUAUAAGUCCUUGUUAUCCGAGUUUGAUGAUUAUGUAGCCAAUGAUAGAAUUGGUGGAGGGACUUCAAGGGCAUUGAGUUAUGGGUUUGAAGUGGGUGAUAUGGUUUGGGGAAAGGUGAAAUCUCAUCCGUGGUGGCCUGGUCAUAUAUUUAAUGAAGCCUUUGCAUCUCCAUCUGUACGUCGUACGAGGAGGGAGGGGCAUGUGUUGGUUGCUUUCUUUGGGGAUAGUAGCUAUGGAUGGUUUGAUCCGGCUGAGCUUGUCCCUUUUGAUCAUCAUUUUUUUGAGAAAUCACAACAGACAAACUCGAGGAUUUUUGUGAAGGCUGUGGAGGAGGCAAUCGAUGAGGCUAGUCGGAGGCAUGGUCUUGGUUUGACUUGUAAAUGUAGGAACCCAUUUAAUUUUCGUCCCACAAAUGUCCAAGGGUACUUUGCAGUUGAUGUGCCUGAUUAUGAACCAAAUGGGAUUUAUUCUGUGAAUCAGAUAAGGAAUGCAAGAAAUAGUUUUAAGCCCAGUGAGACCCUCUCAUUUUUGAAACAAUUGGCAUCAGCCCCUGUAGCUUAUGACCAGCAAAGCAUUGAGUUUUUGAGGAAUAAGGCUACUGUUUCUUCUUUUCGUAAGGCUGUGUUUGAGGAAUAUGAUGAGACAUAUGCACAAGCUUUUGAAGCGCAUCCUUCACGACCUUCCCACCAAGCUGUUAAUGCCCCAGCACGAUCUUCUAAGGAGGCACCACGAGCUCCUUUGAGUGGGCCAAUGGUGAUUGCAGAAGCAUUGGGUGGUGGAAAGAGUUCUACAAAACCCAUAAAAGUUAAGGACCAUUCAAAGAAAGACAGAUACUUAUUCAAACGAAGAGACGAAGCAGCUAGUUCUACAAUGCAAUCUACUUACAGAGAGGGAUCACCAACAUUUGGGGCUGGGGAUUAUGUCCUACAGAAGAGGGCUCCAGUUUCUCAAAUUCCUGUACAACAAGAGCAUACUGUUGUUGUGAGCAGGGAUGGUGUAAGUUCAAGUGGAGAUUUAUCCAGAAGUGCAGUUGCAUCUGUAAACCAGAUUUCAUCAGCCAAUGCUGUUGCUGAAGAUGUAAAGCCAUUUUUGAAUAAAAUUGAUGGUGGGCUGCCAUCUUCUCAGCGCGAAGGUGAUGUUAUAUUUGACCUGAAACCUGAGGGUGGAAAAUUGUCCCCAUACGAUGGAGUUAAGAAACAUGAUAUGGAUUCUACUGCAAAACUGGAAGGAGGCCAGGGAUUAGAUCAAAUUCAAGAUGGUCUCACUGGUGGGCAUCCUUUGGUUGAUAUAAAGCGCUCUGGUGGUAUGAGUGCUGAGGGUGGGUUGAAGAAAGUGAAAAAACGAACUUCAGCAGAUAUAGGUGCUGAGAACUCUGCUUUGGUGGAGAAAAAGAAGAAGAAAAAGAAGAACGAAGCUGGAUCAAAAACAAACUCUGAUAAACCAAAGAAGCCUUCUCUCCUUGGAAAAGGUGGGGCUAAAUCUGCCCACAUUGGUUUGGGUCCUAGAAACAAGUCUCAGGUGAACCAGCAGAAGAAAGAUGUUGAUCCUACACAUCUCUCACUCAAUUCUGUUGGGGCUUCCACCACCGUUGGUAUGGGAAAUUCUGGGCUUGAACUUGCACAACUACUAAGCGAUUUACAUGCUUUGGCUCUUGAUCCCUUUCAUGGCGUGGAAAGGAAUAACCCAACAAUUGUUAAGAGGUUCUUUUUACGUUACCGAUCACUUGUUUAUCAGAAAAGCUUGGUUGUGUCGCCACCAUCUGAGACAGAUCCUGGUGAACCCCUUUCUGGUAAACCUCCUUUGCUUGGAACCUCUGACAACUAUGGCAAGGAGAAUGUUAGAGACUCAACUCCAAAACCAGCAAGACCCCUUGCAGGACCUGAUGAUCCGACAAAAGCUGGACUGAAGCGUCCCCCAUCUGAUCGUCAAGAAGAAAUUGCUGCAAAGAGGUUGAAAAAGAUUACUAAGUUGAAAUCAUUAGCUGCAGAGAAGAAGGGCAAUCUGAGAACUUCGGAAGCUCCAAAAGUUGAAGUUAAAGAAAAGCCAGCUGCAGGUCCCCCAGGAAGACCACUCAAAAAACCAGAUUCUGCAAGGAAAAUGGAGCUUCCACCUAGGGCUGUUGAGCCUACAAUGCUGGUUAUGAAGUUUCCUCCUGAAGUAUCACUUCCAUCAGUUGCACAACUAAAGGCAAGAUUUGGACGCUUUGGCUCGUUAGAUCAGUCAGCAAUUCGUGUGUUUUAUAAGUCGUCAACGUGUCGUGUUGUGUUCAGACACAAGAUAGAUGCACAGGCAGCUUAUAGAUAUGCUAAUGGAACUAAUUCCCUAUUUGGCAAUGUGAAUGUGAGAUACCAUCUUCGAAGUGUGGAAGCUCCUACAGCAGAAGCACUAGAUUCUGAUAAGGGACGAGGAGACACUACUGGUGAAACCAUACCAGUCAAGGAUCCUGUAGUUGAACGAUCAGCGUCGGUGCUUGCACAGCAGCCUAUUCUGCAACCAACAGUCCAGCUGAAGUCCUGCCUGAAGAAGCCAACAAGUGAAGAGGCGGGGCAGGCAACUGGCAGUAACGGCGGUAGGGGUGCAGCCCGUGUAAAAUUCAUGUUGGGUGGGGAAGAAACUAGUAGGGAUCAAUUGUUGGUUGGUAAUAGACACAACUUCAACAACAAUCCUGGUUUUGCCGAUACUGCUGCACCUUCUGUUGCAAUGGAAUUUAAUACUAAGAACUUUCAAAAGGUCAUUCCUCAAUCUUUGUCUUCAUUUCCUGUUAACCCCCCCAUUUCUCAAUUCGAGAAAGCCCCCUCCGAAGUGGCUCCCAGAAAUGCUCACAAUCUUAAUACACAAACCACCACCCCACCAGCUAGUAACACUAGCAUGGAUAUUUCACAGCAGAUGCUAAACCUUCUGACAAAGUGCAACGAUGUCGUAACCAAUGUAACGAGCAUGUUGGGCUAUGUGCCUUACCAUCCUCUUUGAAUAAAAGAAAGUCAACCCAAAUUAAUGUUCGAUCAAAAUCAAAGAGACGACGAUGCAUGGUUUUCCCCAAAGCUGCUGCCAGGAAAGGCAGCAAUGAACCACAAAUGCCGUGGGGGUUUCAAGAGAGUGCAAUCAAGAAAAGAAUCCAUUUGUGGGUUAUAAAAUUAUAUGUACCCUUUUGUUGGAAGUGUUGGAUACAUCCGGUUGUGUACUUGCAUGGCAGUGCCCUGCGCUGUUUUUCCAUAGCCUUUCUCCUCUGCCCCCAUUGAACUGAUUCUGUGUUUUGUUUUAUGUUACGAGUAAUGGAUUAGUAAAUGCCA